AAGAACUGAAGCACUGUAGCCUCUCCUCACUUAACCACGUUGUCUUCAGUAGACAAGGAAAUGUCUUUUCUAAGGCUCAAGAGGGGCAGCAUGCUGUUGAAGACACUCUCUCUCAUCCUAAUGGGUAUGUUGCUUUCCUUUGUUCUUUGGGAAACUGGUACGUUGCCAAUGUCGGAUCUCAACAUACCACAGCAGUUCUCUGUUGACCUGCCCGGCUGCUCAGCUAUCAUCAAUGGAGAUGUACAGAAAAAGAAGACUGAAUUAGAAAGACUUCUGGCAUUCAGGAAAAAGCAGAAUAUUUUUUCAGAGGACUUCUACCUUAAUGCAACAAAGAACUGUCCAGCAUACAUCAAAAAGAGAGGUUUCAUUACAGUCCCUCUGAGUGAAGAGGAGGAAACUUUUCCCAUCGCAUACUCAAUGGUGAUCCAUGAGAACAUUGAGAUGUUUGAGCGACUUCUACGAGCUGUUUACGCUCCUCAGAACAUCUACUGCGUACAUAUGGACCUUAAAUCCUCCGCAGAUUUUCGAGAGGCAGUGAAAGCCAUUGUUUCAUGCUUUCCCAAUGUGUUUGUAGCCAGCAAAUUAGAAAGAGUGGUUUAUGCCUCAUGGUCUCGAGUACAGGCGGACCUGAACUGCAUGAAAGAUCUGCUGAACUCUGAGGUGGACUGGAAGUACCUACUUAACACCUGUGGCACAGACUUCCCCAUUAAAACAAAUGGAGAGAUGGUAAAGGCACUGAAGGCUCUCAAUGGGCGAAACAGCAUGGAGUCUGAAGUCACCAAUGACUACAAGAAACAACGCUGGCAGUAUCAUUACAAUGUCACUGACAGUGUGAUCUGGACAGACGUGAGGAAGAGCCCUCCACCCAUCAGCAGCCCCAUGUUCCAAGGAAAUGCCUACUUUGUGGUGACAAGAGCCUUUGUGAAACACAUAAUAGAGGACAGAGAGGUGCAGACAUUUCUGGAGUGGGAAAAGGACACAUACAGCCCUGAUGAGCACCUGUGGGCCACUCUGCAGAGGAUGCCCACUGUUCCUGGAUCAGCGCCUGCUAACAUCAAGUACGACAUGUCUGACAUACAAGCCCUUGCUCGUUUGGUGAAGUGGAUCUAUUUAGCAGGAGAUGUGGAAAAAGGAGCUCCGUACUACCCCUGCACGGGUGAAUAUAGGAGAGCUGUAUGUGUGUAUGGGGCUGGGGACCUCCGCUGGCUCCUGAGACAACACCACCUCUUUGCAAAUAAGUUUGAUCCUAAGAUUGAUGACAUUGCCAUAAGGUGUCUAGAGUCAGUUCUGCGUUUCAAAGCUUUAGGCCAUGACCCAGUAACAGAUCAACAUUCAAUUAUUUUGUGAAGCAUAUAAAAAUUGAAAUACCAGUGUCCAAUUCAUCAGUUAACACAGCAAACUUGGGAAGAUUUAGAGAAGCAUUUUAAUUUAUCAAAAUGUGAAGAAUCUUUCUCUGAAAUGUCUAAUUUUUUUCUGUUUUCUGUAUGCUGUUUUUGAUACAUCCUGCACUGCAGUAACAUUUCAUAAAUCUUCAGAUGCUCUUAAUAGUAUCAAAAAAAUAUUGCAAUAGACUCUAAUUCCUUAUAAACUUCACUUUUAUAUUAUUAUAUCAUGUAAUUUAUAGAGGUCCAUGCUUUCAUGAUUUCAAUGAAAUCUGUAUUUAUGUUGCCACCUAGAGGAUUCUAAGUAGAAAUAAAGCAAUGUAAUGUUCAGUUUUUUUUUUUUUUUGUUUCGUUUGUUUUUUUGUUUGUUUUUUGAAGCUGUUGGAUUGUUUCUUUGUCCGUAUUUACUAUGCUGAUGAA